GACUUCCUGUUGCCACAAAGACUAAUGAAACUGACAAAACGGAUUACUAAUAACAUAUAGACAAGACAUGGCCUCGGCUUACACGCAGUCAAAAUUUUUAGACCUUAAAUUGUGCUCCAUUUGUUUGGCACCGUUCAAAGUCCCAAGAUGUCUGCCAUGCUCUCAUUCAUUUUGUCACCAAUGCUUAAGUUCUCACAUUUUGUCAACUUGUGAACAAAAAGAUGUACCUUUGGGAUUUUCUUGUCCGUUGUGUCGUGAAUUUGUUCCUUCUCCGGGACAACCAGAUGAUUCGGAUCACUGGGCAGAAAGAUUUCCUGUAAGUACUAUACUGGCUCAGUUAACAGAAGAGAGUGAAGCUUUUACAACCUGCUGGGCUUGUAGAAGGGAAAACGAAGACGAAGAAGCAACCGAUUACUGUAUUACAUGUAAGGAAACCCUUUGCAAACUUUGCGCAAAAUAUCAUCGCAGAAAUUUAGCCAGUCAGAAUCAUGAAAUAUGUUUGAUCUCUGAAAUAGGGUCACAUAAUAUAGAUGAAAAUAAUGACACAACUUUUUGUGACAAACAUGAAGGAAGAUAUAUAGAGUUGUACUGUAAUGAUCAUGAUACGCUCUGUUGCGCAGUGUGCAUUAGCUCAGAACAUAAAAAAUGUGACGAACUUAUCACCUUUGAAGAGGCUGCAGAAAAUCUUAAAAGACGAGGUUUUAUAGAAGCAUUAUUAUAUGACAUCAAAAGAAUAAAAAAUGAAUUAGGAGAAGCUAAAAAGAAUGAAGAAGAAAAUGCUAUAGUGUUGAUGAGAUGUCUGACAGAAUUACCAAAGAAGCACAGCAUUUCCAACAAGAAAAUUAUCUCAAUGAGAUUGCAAAGAAAAGGAAAGAUGCAGUGCAGAAGUUGGAGAGAGGAAAACUUGACAUUACCGACCGAAAUGACUUCUUUAGAAUAUUUGUUGAAACUCCUUGUGUCAUUAAAUGACAAAGGUAAUUACAAUGCCUUAAAAUUUGUUCAAGUCUGCAACAUGGUACAAGAAAAGAUUGAUCUGUUAGCAAAAUAUCAAAUAAAUGAAACAUCAUUCACCAUGUCAUCAAAGCUAUCUAAUGAGUAUAAAAAAAUACUGAAACUUGGGAAUAUUACGCUGUUGGAAUCUUCAAGAAAAAUAUGUGAAACAACAAACAUCAAAAAAGCUAAAUUUUUACUUAUUUCAGAAAGUUAUAUGUUUAACAAAGUGAAGGGUUGCACAUUUACUUCCAGUGGCAAUAUUUUGUGCACAGAUUAUGGAAAAUCACACUGUGUCAUUCUUUUGGAAACAAGUUUAGAGUAUAAGCCCGAGAUAGCUUUCAAUGUUGGACCUCAUCCAUGGGACAUGGAAGCAGACAACGGCACAUUUUACGUUACCCAGCGCGAUGAUCAAGUAACACGUGUCCAGAGAUUUUCAGAAAACAAUUUUCGACCUUUGGGGUCACUGAAUGUUGGAAAAUCUUGCUUAGGAAUCACCGUUGUUGGGGAAAAUAUUUAUGUUGUGUCUGAGAAGUCUCUCAUUAUAAAAAGGAAUAAAAAUGGAGAGGGUACUCCAGAAGUAGUCUACCAGCAUAAAACAAAAGGAUUGCGAUACCUGACUAGCAUUAGUAAUGAAUUGAUUGUUUUCACUGAUUUCUCCUCUGAUUCUGUAUCAACUCUUCGUUUGAAUGUACCGGGAGAAAGAGCUUGGAGGUACACACACCCUGAACUACAGGGUCCUUAUGGGCUUGAUAAAGACCCUAGCUCUAAUGUCUAUGUAGUUGGAAAAAAGAGCAAUAACAUACAUAUACUAUCUAUGUCUGGUUCUUUGAUAAGAAUUUUGAAAGAUAUAGAUACUCCUGUGUGUAUUAAGUUCAAGAAGGGUAGUUUCACUUGCUUUCUUGCACGAGAACAUACUAAAUCAAUUAGUCAAGUGAUGUUGUAUAAAUUUGUAUGAAUAUCAAAGUUGCAUACUGUGAUAUCUCAAAAUAUGGUUUUGAUUCCAGCUAAAAAUUGAAUAAAGUAUAAC